AUGGCACUAAAAGAAGUAGACCGAGCUCCAUUUACUGCAUCUUUGCAAACUAAUCUUGUUUCCAGGAUUAUCUGUACUGGAUUGAAGUUGAAAAAAGGGGCUAUAGUAGCAGGCGGAUGCCAUUACAACAUGGCAUCCGAUACGGCAUGUAAGAUAGCUCAGGAAGUACAACAGCUAGCUGAAGGAUUAAAUAAAACGUUAGCAGGAGUUCAAGAAAAGUUCUCAAUCAUUGAGUCGAUUGGGGAUUUUGUAAAUAAUCAUGUCAAUAAGUUAGGAGCCGCUAUUGGACUUUAUGCUGAAGCAUUUAAUAGGAUUCCUGAAGUUCGUGAUGCCGUAGAUGAAUUAUUUGACGUCGAAGAUAACUGGAACACUUUUUUAAAAGACGUUGAUCGUAAAAUGGACCACAAUAAGAGUGAUGGAUUGCCUCAAUCUAGUUCUACUGUCGGAUCUGUAGCACCAUUGCAUGUUCCAUUGAUCGAUGUUCGUACAUCUAGCCAAGCUAUGUUUGAUGCUGCUAAUACAAAGACUAUUUUGAUCACGUUUGGUUCUCAGGCUGGUGCUUUACAAUGGCUUGAAGAAACUCAAGCCACUUAUCCGAUGCUAAUGGAUUCCGAUAGGAAGAUAUAUGAAGCAUUCGGUUUAAGACAGUCCGUCGCUAAGGUUUGGUCUACAACAACUAUGACAUACUAUGCUGAGCAGAAAUGUUGCGGUCGAUCUUUAUAUAAAAUGGUAAAAGAUGACGAUCCAAAUCAAAUGGGAGGAGACUUUAUUAUUGGUUCCAAUGGCGAGAUGACUCUUGUAUAUUGUAGCAAAACUCCGCCUGAUCGGCCAAAGAUAGCUACAUUAUUGUCGUACUUAUAG